AGACAAACAUCUGGCCACAUAAACAUUCAGUCUCGCAGACAGACAGGCAGCCAGCCUCACAGACCGCCAAUCUCAGAGAGAGCAAUCCAGUUUUUCUGAUAGACAGCCAAUUUCACCAACAGACUUCCAACCACGUAAGCAGCCAGUCUCACAGUUAAACAUCCAGCUACAUAGGAGGCCAAUGUCACGGACAGACAGACAUCCAGCUGCAAACAGAGCCAGUCUAACAUACAGACAUCCAGCCACAUAGACAGCAAGUCUCAUGGACAGGCUGGUUGGAGUGGAUAGACAAACAGUGGUCAGUUGGAAGCUUAAGAUAUAUUGAGGGUAGGCUGCAACCUAAGGGGAUGAUGUUCCCUCACAGACCUUCAAAGAGAAUAGAGUACAGAAAAUAAGUUAGGUCGCGCCACAGUAAAAACAAUAAUAUAAUGAUGUAAAAGCAAAGGUAUACUUACAUACAAAAAGUCAUAAAUGGGAAAUAGAAAUGUCCUGGUAAAAAGACCUAUAGCUAAAAAGUCCAACUUGACUGAUAAACUUGGGUGAGAUAUGGAUCUGUUCGUCGUAAAGAUUCUGAGGUAGUCGGAUAUUCGGGUUCCGUUGAAACAUGCAUAUGAAAAGAAACUCCAAUAGUGUAAUCUGUAUCAGGUCAUAAAACAGAGGAGCUUAACAGCAGUGGUGAUACUGCUACUCACCUUUUAGAGAGCUAGUACAAGCUCAGGUCAGUGGCGUUGAUCCCCCCCAAAAAGUGUGCACAAACACCAUAAUAGACCAAUCUAGUUGCCACUACAAAGCUUGGUUAGACGGUAUCCCUAAAAGUCAAGUCCUUCGUCAUUAUCGUAACUCCUCUCAAAUUAAUGAUUUUUUAACCCAAUCUACCUCAUUAAAGAAUAAGUUAAUUGAGGAAAAAUUACCCUUUAGAAAAAUUAGAUGCAGCUCUGAACACAGUCAAAAAUAAAUAGAGAAAAUAACUAUCAGAAUACAAAAUAAAAAGGGAUAGAAAAGACGAACAGAUCCAUAUCUCACCCAAGUUCCCCAGUCAAGUUGGACUUUUUAGCUAUAUGUCUUUUAACCAGGACUAUUCUACUUCUCAUUUAAGACUUUUUGUAUGUAAGUAUACCUUUGGUUUUACAUCAUUAUAUUAUAUUAUUGUUUUUGCUGUGGCGCGACCUAACUUUUUUAUUUUCUGGUUGGAGUAGAUAGCCUGACUGACAGACUGACAGCCCCAUGGACAGACAAACCAACAGCUUCAAAUCGUCCCCUCUUGACUGGAAAUGUUUCCUUAUAGCUGGUAAUAGGUAGUGAUGUUUUUACAGAGUUUAAACUGUGUGUAUGUGUGUAUAUAUAUAUGUGUGUGUGUGUGUGUGUGUGUGUGUGUAUAUAUAUAUAUAUAUAUAUAUCUGUUAAAAUAAUAAUAAAUAAUUUUAUUUAGUUACACGUUAUGACUGGGGCAUGCAAGCAACCAUUUAACUGGUAUGUACAUUGAUUUAUUAUUAUAUAGCAUUGAUAUAUAUUAUACACACACAUGCAGCCAUAUAGACAGCCAGUGUCACAGACUGAGAGACAGACAGACAUCCAGCUAUAUAGACAUGUACAAUUGAUAGGGGUAAUCCAGCUCCUGUCCCUGCUGACUUCUUAAUGAGUGGCAAAUGCUGUCUCACUGCUAAUUACUCUCCCCUUGUCUGGAUGAAAAGUGAAGAAGUGAUUUUAUCUGACAAUGGGCUUAUUUUCCCUCCAGGGCUUCAGACUGGAAACUGGACCAGCCAGACUGGACUGGGAGAAUGCGGCUUACCUCCAAGGGGAAAGUAGCUUUUAUUAAACUGGAGGACAAAGUGUCAGGUAUUUGUUGCCAUAGCAGUUUACAUGAAUGCCCUGUGACAGCUGAUUCAUAUCAACUUGAAGAGCUGAAUCAUGUUCCCACUUUUCCAGUUAUUCGGCAGGUCCCUCCUCUGACUCCUAAAACUUCCUCUGUGCUACUUCCCUGCAUGACAUUAAGAUCUAAUAUUUGAAUCACUAUUUUAUUUCUAAACCUGUGUAGACAUGCUCUGUUGCACAGUGUUUAUAGUGUGUGACAUUAUGGCGUACAUCACUAAAGUGGGUAUUGUGAAACGAUACCAAGGAAAUUGCAAAAUUUGCCCCUAAGUAAUAAGUGUGGAAAAAGUCUCCAAAUUUUGGCCUAAAAUUUGCAUCUCCCUUGUCAGCCUGUAUUAUCCUCUUUAGCGAGUAAAACCUGUAGAAUUUUACUACUGUUCAUUGUCUGCAGAGUCACAAGCAAACACACACACACACACACACACACACAAAAAGAAAAUAGAAAAAAAGGCAUUUGUAUUUUUUUGAACUCCUCUCCAAUAUGUAACAUCUACAUGUGACAACUUGCGCAAAUUACAGCUUGUGUUUCAAAUAAUAUAAUAAAAAUGUACAGGGCCGGACUGGCCCAACGGUGGGCCGUCGGCACCUGGGGCCGGGCAGGCAGCUGGCUCACCUGCGGCCGCAGAGGGAGCUCCUUUGGCGGCCGCAGGGGGAGCUGGCUAUGUCUCUGCUCCCCCUCCCCAGCGCGCCGCUUAAUGAGACCGGGGGCGGAAUAUGAUGUCAUAUUCCGGCCCCGGUCUCAUUAAGCAGUGCACUGGGGAGGGGGAGCAUAGACAGAACAGCCAGCUCCCCCUGCGGCCGCCAAAGGAGCUCCCUCUGCGGCCGCCAGAAGAGCCAGCUCCCCCAUGCGGCCGCCAUCAGAGCUCCCCACAGGUAGAAAUUGUGUGUGUCAGUGUGAGUGUAUUUGUGUGUGUCUGUGUCAUUUGUGUGUGUGUCAUGGUGUAUGUGUGUCUCUGUGUUAUGGUGUGUGUGUCAUGGUGUGUGUGUGUGUCUCUGUCAUGGUGUGUGUGUGUCUCUGUGUCAUGGUGGGUGUGUGUGUCUGUCUGUGUCAUGCCAUGUGUGUCUGUGUCAUGGUGUGUGUGUGUCUGUCUGUGUCACGGUCUGUCUGUGUCACGGUGUGUGUGUGUUUGUCAUGGUGUGUGUGUGUCUGGAUGUCAUGGUGUGUGUCUGUCUGUGUCAUGUAAUGUGUGUCUGUCUGUGUCACGGUCUCUCUGUGUCGUGGUGUGUGUGUGUCAUGGUGUGUGUCUGUGUCGUGUGUGUGUCUGUGUCAUGGUCUGUCUGUCAUGGUAUGUGUGUGUCUGUGUCAUGGUGUGUGUGUGUUUCUGUCUGUGUCAUGGUGUGUGUCUGUCAUGGUAUGUGUGUUUUUACUCACCUUUAGAGAUGUCGCGAACUGUCCGCCGAACUGUUCGCGAACUGUCCGCCGAACUGUUCGCGAACUGUCCGCUGGCGAACAAUAGCGUGUUCGCGUUGGGCGAACAUAUCCGAUUUCCGGUCCGCCCCCUAUACGUCAUCAUUGAGUAAACUUUGACCCGGAACCUCACAGCCAGCAGACACAUUCCACCCAAUCAUCAGCAGAUCCUCCCUCCCAGGAAGUGUCUGCUGACUGUGAGGUUCCGGGUCAAAGUUUACUCAAUGAUGACGUAUAGGGGGCGGACUGGAAAUCGGAUAUGUUCGCCCAACGCGAACACGCUAUUGUUCGCCGGCGGACAGUUCGCGAACAGUUCGGCGGACAGUUCGCGACAUCUCUACUCACCUUUUUUCCCCCCCACAUCAUGCUGGUCUCUCCUCGACUGGCCCUGCCUCUACGACUGAGAUCAUCAAGCUUGAUGAUCUCAGCCAAUCCGCACUGACACAGGAAGCACCUCUAGUGACUGUCUGAGUGUCUGUCACUAGGAAGCAAUGUAAACACUGCCUUUUCUCUAAAAAGUCAGUGUUUACAUUGAAAAGCCUGCAGGGACAGGCUAUAGACACCAGAGCCACUACAUUAAGCUAUGUGUGUGUGCGCGCCUGCUAGUGAGUGGGCUUGCUUGUGUGUGUGUGUGUGUGCCUGCUACUGAGUGAGCUUGUGUUUUUAUGUCAAUGACCUUAUGUAUAUCAGUGAGAUUGUUUGUUUAUGAGGCUGUGUAUCAAUCAUCUUGUGUCAGUGAGAUGGUCUGUGUCUGCAUGUGAGUAUGCUUACUGUAGAAUUAAAAAUUUUACUCUGAAAGGACCAAUAUUUUAUAUUGGAAAAAAGAUUGAUAUAUAUAUAUAUAUAUAUAAUCUCAAUCAUCUAGGGUGGCAAGACAUAGCCUUACAUAUUACAUGCGACAAUAUAUGGCGCAAUGACUUAUGGGGCUGGCAUUGAUUUUUUUUUUUCCAGGGCUGCUUUGGAAUCCCCAGUCCGGCCCUGGAUAUAACCGUGUUGACUAGCAAACUUUAAACCAUUUUUUUUCUUCAAAAUCUUUACAAUUGCUUGCAGUUUAGUGAUUUUAAGAUUUACGGUUGGUUCUUUAGUGUCUGUACAGACUGACUGAAUCUAUUACGCUGCCAACACUUUGUAAGCACAAAAGUGUUUAUUAACGCCUGGAUUGACCUGAAAACCAUACCCUAUGUCAUUUUAGUUUGUUAGAUAAAACACAUUGUAUUCAUCAAGUACCAGUCAAUAGUCCACACAACAAAUUGUUUACUAAAGUGAAAUUGCUUUCCUCAGUUUGUUUAUACUAGGAUGAUUCAGAGUUAGAUGUUUUCCAAAAUGUAUUAUAAUGUUAACAUUAUUACGUUGGAAGAAUUGUUCGCUGAGCUUUUUUUGGUUAGUUUGCCAAGCUAGUGCCACAUACAUCAUUUGUGACCAUAUAAAAAGUCACAAAUCCGUGUAAUACGCAAGUAAACUGCGAUAACCUAUCUCAUUGAAAAUGCAUGACAGCCUAUUACUACAAAUGAUUUGUGUUUUUGUUUUUUUGUUGUUGUUUUUUUGCUCGAAAUGAUCCACCCACAUUACUUCCACUUACAACGUUAAGUUAUGAGAUGGUUUUUAAAGCACAUGUGCAGUGUUGACCAAUGCAAGUUAAAUGGAAGCUACUUAAAGUGUAUAACACAUGCACGAGGGACUCUUGCUUGUUAAGGUGCAUGCACUUGUUCAGUACAUCCUUAUACGCUGAAAGCAAAUAGAUGAUUAGUUAGAACACUGGAAUUGGAAUGGUCUUGCAAAACAUUUAGAAUUCCUGAGUAAUCUAGUCCUUUAGAACCUACUGAUUCCAUCUUUGUAGCACAAGGCCCAAUCUAUUGCUCCCAAUGCUUUCCACAUCAUUUAUCUGGUACAGCAGGACACAUUCUAUAUAGUGCUUUUCUUUGACCAGUCAACUUUGACAGACACAAAACUGUACCUGAACACGUCCUGCUGCCCCUACUUUGGCUUUCUAAUGUUUGGUAUUAUUCCCAAUCUGUCAGGUGAACUCUUCGCUCAAGCACCAGUGGAUCAGUUUCCUGGACUCGCAGUGGAAACAGUGACUGAUUCGAGCCGUUACUUUGUAAUCAGGAUUCAGGAUGGAAAUGGUGAGUCACUGCGAUACCAGAUAUAGCAUGAUAUUGGUAGGACUGGAUGAAAAUAUAAUUGGAGGGUUUAGUUAUUUAAUGGGUAUUGGUCUCAUUCUUGCUAAGUUAAGGAAACACUUGGGCACUAACACAAUUUAAGUGCAUUUCAUAGAUUUUGGCAUCAUGAACACAGUGUAUUUUACUUCAGUCCAAAUCUCUUAGUUUUGCUACAAAAAAUAAAAGCUUUGAAAUAGUAAAAUAAGGGAAUAGUGAUUGGCUAUGGACCAGAGUCAAGUAAGCAGCUCAGAGUGCUAAUCUUUUAUUGGCUGUACUUUGCAAUAAGUAAGAUUUUUUUUUUUGGGGGGGGAGGAAUGGGGGGGAGGAGAGGCAUGGCUAAGAGGUAGGAUUUGAAUAUAAAGAAAAAUACAGCUUAAAUAUGAAGCCAAAACCUUCAUGCACAAAAUGCACUUUGUGUCGACAGGAGUGUUCCUGCAAUCUCUAAUUGAACAGAGCUCUUGGCUAUAAUAUAGCAAUCUGUAUUAGAAAGUAUAAGUAACUAAGCAUGACAUUUUGGGGGAUUGUGACUUUAUUUUUUGUUUUUCUACGAAGAAUUAUCCUUUAAUUAGUGUAUUAAGAAUGGGAUUUAUAAUUAAAAUUUUAGGGAGAAGUGCAUUUAUUGGCAUUGGAUUUGCUGAUCGGGGAGAUGCCUUUGACUUCAAUGUUUCUCUUCAGGACCAUUUCAAGUAAGUUUGGUGUACCACUUCUCAAGGAUGAAACUCAGCAUGUCCCAUAAUCAAAUCAACCAGUGCAAUUAUCUAUGAAAUCUUUUCCUGCUACAGGUGGGUAAAGCAGGAGUCUGACAUGUCUAAGGAACCUCAGGGGCAAGACAAUCACCCUAAGCUGGACUUAGGGUUUAAAGAAGGCCAGACAAUCAAGCUGAAUAUUGGGGUAUGUAUUUGACCAUGGAAAAAUAGCACCAACAACAAAGUGUAGAAAACACAGAGUGAGAGUGUACCCUUCAAGCAAGAUAUAAAUAUAAAAUAAUGAAAUACUUAUGCAUAUACAUGAAUGGCAGGAUGGUCAUAAACAAUAACACAAAACAUAGUGUGUACUGCCAAAAUACAAGUGAGGGUAGAUGAAUAAUUGGUUCAACUCACAGAUUCCAGAGCUGUGCCAGGCUCUGUAUAGAAAGCCCAAGGGUGCCUAAACAGGCUAAAACGAAUAACCAUGGACCACUGGAAUCAGAUGGAUCACGGAGAUAGGAGGAGCCACAGCAGCAAAUGAGUGGAUCAAAUAAUAAAUGUAUUCAGUAUAAAAUAGGCUUACAAAAAAGCAGAGACGCGUUUUGACUUAAUUCUCUUUAUCAAUGUCUCUAUGUAUCCUGUAUGCUGCUGUUUAAAUAUCGUCUAAAAUUGUCACGAAAAAAUAAGAAUCGGUCACCAUCUUAGGUGAGGGCAACAUGCCCUUAUGCACAUAUAUAUAUAUAUAUAUAUAUAUAUAUAUAUAUAUAUAUAUAUAUCUCAUUUAACCAUAAAAUUAUACAGAAAAGAAUAAAAAAACAGAAAACAAAAGGUAUAACCCCAUAUUUCUGUAAGAGAUAAAACACAGUAAGGAUGCAUCCAAAAAUAAAAUACAUGUUAGUAUAUUGGCAAUCCGAAUGUUACUAUGGUCAUACCAUCAUAGAUAACAGAUGUAUAGAUAUUAUAAAACAUACCAUACAAUUAUGGAUGGCAAGCCAAUAAAAUAUAUAUAUAUAUAUAUAUAUCUAUAUCUAUAUCUAUAUCUAUCAAUCAGGAACAUAAUCAAAAGUGCAAACAUAAAAAUAAAGCAAAUUGCAAUAAGUUCCAGAUAUAAACAGUGUGAAAGUAGCUGACUAUAACAUAAUGUGACAUUUCAAGCCAGUGGAUGUCAACAGUUAUAUUAACACCACUAGUUGCCACUAUGAUCCCUGGCCUCGAAAUGUGCCAAAGGGACAAUUUCUCAGAGUCCUAAGAAACUGUAGUGAUCCGGAACAAUUUAGUGUCCAAGCAGAAAAAUUAAAAUAAUUUUAAUUGAGAAAAAUUAUAGCUCUUCAUUCUUGGAUCAGCAAAUUCAAGAAAUUUAACAGGUCCCUAGAAAUACAGUUCUGGAAUAUAAAACUAAAAAAACCCUAGAAAACAAUGGAGAAGAGGAACCUCUCCUUAUCUUGAACUAUAGCAGUGAAGCAAAUAAAAUUAAAACUAUCAUUAAUAAAUAUUGGCACAUACUUUCGACCGAUGAAGAUCUUCGAGGUAUCAUCAAAACCAAGCCUAAAAUUGUUUAUAGCGGUACUAGGAAUUUACUGAAUCUUUUGGUUAAAAAUCCCAUUAAUUCCUCAUCCAUUACUAAUCUCUUCUCCCAACAAACAGAUUUUUACCCCUGUAAGAUGUGUAUGGCGUGCAAAAAAACAUUCCCUAAGAGAAAAGUAGAAUUUUUUACAUCUAAAUCCACCAAUAAACAAUAUAAGAUUAAGUCCGUUUUAACAUGCCAUUCCUCUAAUGUGGUGUAUCUCCUCUGGUGCCUGUGUGGUCUACAAUAUGUGGGUAUGACCACUAGACCUUUCAAAACCCGCAUAAGGGAACACAUGGGUAAUAUCCAGAGGAGAUACACCAGUCAUAGUGUUUUCUCACAUUUUUCUGAACAUCAUAAUGGGAACCCAGCGUUACUCAGUUAUAUGGUUAUAUACCACAGGAAGAGGAACGUGGAGAGGAGAAAACAACUUUAAAGACCUAAGUAAGGUGGAGGGAAGAUGGAUUUUUGAUUUAGAAACUUUAGCCCCUUCAGGUUUGAACUUAGAUUUUGAACUCGUUCAUUAUUUAUAAUUUUAAUGUAUUUGUAUUUUUAUCUUUUUAUCUUUUAAUUUUUUUUGCUAUAGGAAGAUCAAUAAUGUAUAUAUCUACAUUAUUUUUAUAUAUAUAUAUAUAUAUAUAUAUAUAUUUUUUUUUUUUUUCAUUAUUACAUUUAUUUUUAUAUAUUUUUUUUUUUGACAUUCUUUAUUUGUAUGUAGUAAGGUUACAAGACAGGUCAAAUCAUAUCAAAAGACACGGUAUAACAGGUUUUGUAAGGCCCCUAAGCCUUAUGGCCAACAAUAUUUGUAGGGUUUUAUUCCUAGGUUUCCCCCUCUCUCCACCCCCCCCCUGCCGUAUUAGCUCCCUCCCCCCCACCAUCCCCCCCCAUCCCCACCAGUCUUGAUCAGGCCUCAUUUCUCAGUUUCUUAGGCCUAGUGAUCUUAGUAGACUUAUGUUGGACCUGCCUUUUAGAGGGGAACACCAUUCCCCGUAUUUUUAUAUUUUUUACCUCCACCUUGCUUGAUAUCCAUUCCUUCCCCUCAUUUUGGUCACAUUCUGUUAUAGUCAGCUACUUCCACACUGGUUAUAUCUGGAACUUAUUGCAAUUUGCUUUAUUUUUAUGUUUGCACUUUUGAUUAUGUUCCUGAUUGAUAUAUAUAUAUAUAUAUAUAUAUAUAUAUAUAUAUAUAUAUAUAUAUAGUGUGUGUGUGUGUGUCUGUGUGUGUAUAUAUAUAUAUAUAUAUAUAUAUAUUAUUGGCUUGCCAUCCAUAAUUGUAUGGUAUGUUUUAUAAUACCUAUACAUCUGUUAUCUACGAUGGAAUGACCAUAGUAACAUUCGGAUUGCCAAUAUACUAACAUGUAUUUUAUUUUUGGAUGCAUCCUUACUGUGUUUUAUCUCUUACAGAAAUAUGGGGUUAUACCUUCAUUUGUUUUCUGUUUUUUUUUAUUCUUUUUUAUAAUUUUAUGGUUAAAUGAUAUAGAUAUAUAUAUAUAUAUAUAUAUAUAUAUAUAUAUAUAUAUAUGUGCAUAAGGGCAUGUUGCCCUCACCUAAGAUGGCGACCGAUUCUUAUAAACUAUAGAUACCCAAGAUUAGAGGAAAUUACGUCAUCUUUGCCGGACCGGAUAUGCUGCAUGGACUUUGCGCACCGGAAGUGACAUCACCCGCCACACCGGACCGCACAGAUGAAGAUUUUCGCGGCAAUUUUAGACAAUAUUUAAACAGCAGCAUACAGGAAACAUAUAGAGACAUUGAUAGAGACAAUUAAGUCGAAAAGCGCCUGUUCUCUGCUUUUUUUGUAAGCCUGUUUUAUACUGAAUAAAUUUAUUAUUUGAUCAACUAAUUUGCUGCUGUGGCUCCUCCUAUUUCCGUGAUCCAUCUGAUUCCAGUGGUCCAUGGUCAUUCGUUUUAGCCUGUUUAGGCACCCUUGGGUGCCUAAACAGAGCCUGGCACAGCUCUGGAAUCUGUGAGUUGAACCAAUUAUUAAUCUACACUCACAUGUAUUUUGGCAGUACACACUAUGUUUUGUGUUAUUGUUUUUUUAGGUAUUGUUUAUGACCAUCCUGCCAUUCAUGUAUAUGCAUAAGUAUUUACUUAUUUUAUAUUUAUAUCUUGCUUGAAGGGUACACUCUCACUCUUUGUUUUCUACACUUUGUUGUUGUUGCUAUUUUUCUAUUUGUAUCAAGGUGUCGGAGCAACACCUUUUUUCACCCUUCUCUGCAUAGAUUUAUUAUUAAGUAUUGAAGCGCCCGACUUGUAUCUGUAUUUGUUUUAUGUAUUUGACCAUGUUAUAAUAAAAUAUAAUAUUUUGUUUGCAGUGUGAACAUCUUGUACUUCCCUCCCUUUUUUCUCCCUUUCCCCUUUUUUUGUUGCCGUUUAUUACAGUUUACUUAUUGCAAUUCCCUGUGUUUACCAUUUUGAUUUUUCUGUUUAGAAUAUAAAGAAGAAGGAUGGCUCCUGCAAACCUCGGGGAAACACUGGAGCUGGGGGUGUUGGACUGCUCCCUCCUCCUCCUGGGGGUAAAAUCUCAGUACCCCCUGUUCCUGUCUCUCAUUCAGUACCUGUUGCAAAUCAUGUCACUCCUCCGCCUUUGCAGCCUGGAAAUACCUCACCAAGCCCAGGUAACUUCCAUCUUUAGCCUUGUUAGUCUGGAAAUUAUCACCUUUUAUCCAAUUUGUACUUAAUUUAGUCCAGGUCUCUACCCCUUAAAGGACCACUAUAGUGCCAGGAAAACAUACUCGUUUUCCUGGCACUAUAGUGCCCUGAGGGUGCCCACACCCUCAGGGUCCCCCUCCCGCCUGGCUCUGGAAGGGGGAAAGGGGUUUAAACUUACUUUUUUCCAGCGCUGGGCGGAGAGCUCUCCUCCUUCUCUCCUCCUCUGUUCCGCCCCGUCGGCUGAAUGCGCACGCGCGGCAAGAGCUGCGCGCGCAUUCAGCCAGUCGCAUAGGAAAGCAUUCAUAAUGCUUUCCUAUGGACGCUGGCGUGCUCUCACUGUGAAAAUCACAGCGAGAAGCACGCAAGCGCCUCUAGUGGCUGUCAAUGAGACAGCCACUAGAGGAUUAGGGGAAGGCUUAACCCAUUAAUAAACAUAGCAGUUUCUCUGAAACUGCUAUGUUUAUAAAAAAAUGGGUUAACCCUAGAAGGACCUGGCACCCAGACCACUUCAUUAAGCUGAAGUGGUCUGGGUGCCUAGAGUGGUCCUUUAAGGACACAUGACAUGUAUGACAUGUCAUGAUUCCCUUUUAUUCCAGAAGUUUGGUCCUUAAGGAGUUAAACCAUGGAAACCUAACAUCUAGUCAACAAAGGUGAACAUUCCUUCUCAUCCCCUUACUGAACCAUCUGCCUGCACCUGUUCAUUUUUCCAACUUGCUUUUGACCGAUUCCCACACUUGUGGUUACUGCACCAACCAAUGCUUCUCUCUCAUAACUGUGGCUCGUUUUGUUACUAAACUAAAGGCUCCACAUUGGCAUCCAUUAAGUCAAUGCAUCUCUAAAAUGAGAUGCUGAUUGCCACGUAUGCUAAGCAAGGAAUUACCUGAGAUCACCUGUACUGAUGAUCUCAGCCUAAGGAGGGACUGCGGCUAGACAGGUGUGCCUGGAGCCAUAAGGUAAGUACAUUUCUUUACUUAAUGGCUUGGAGGAGGGAGGUUCUAAUCCAUAUAGCUAGUUAACAUUCAUAAUAUAUGUUUGUAUCCCUAAUGUUAGUGUUCCUUUCAGUUGUUUCGAGGGUGAGAGUGUUUAUUUAACUCCAAUUUCAGUAGCUCCUAUAGAUAAACAUAUUACACAGUGCCACCUGUUGGUAUGUUGACAUAUUUCGGCCUGAGCUAUUUAUUCUGUGCAGUGAGUAGUCAAUAUCAUUAUCUAGAAUGGGUUAAUCACUCAUACAAUAAUUUAAAAAAACAAACAUUUUAUGUAUAACAAAACAGAUAAAAUUAAUAACCACCUCUGAUCACCCUUCAUCUCCCCUCCCCCCCAAACAAUAAUAAAUAUGAAAUUACUCACAAAGAAACAUAAUGCAGGGUAAAGUUGGAAAAAAAGAUGUAUUUUCUUUUAAGAUAAAAAUGCUUCAAAAUAUACAAUAUGUGCUGUCUCUAAUACAUAAUUACAUGCCAGUCCAUGUACACCAAUGAGCUCACUAGAGUAUUUUUAUGUCAAAGAUAUUAAACAUUUGCUCAAAUAUGUAUCCACAGCCUAAGCAGUGUAUAUAUAAGCAACACUACAAAAGUUAUCAACACAUAUUCAAGUUAAAUACAUACAAGUUAUUAUCAAUCUAAUCUACAGGUUGAUAUUGGCGACAAAAGGUAAAUUAUAAAGAGAUGACAUAAGUACUUUUUGCAUACGUAUAAAGUCUGUACGGUGUCUUGUAGGUGGAAGUAGAGUGAGUCAAAAAGAUCCCUUUGCAAUACACAAUACAAAAUGUACAAAUAAAGCAAGCGAAAAUCUGUGAGAAAUAAAAAUCACAUUAGUAUAACACUGUUAAAGGGACACUCCAGGCACCCAGACCCCUUCUGCCCAUUGGAGUGGUCUGGGUGCCAACUCCCACUACCCUUAACCCUGCAACUGUAAUUAUUGCAGUUGUUUUAUAAACUGCAGUAAUUACCUUGCAGGGUUAACUCCACCUCUAGUGCACUGCAGAUAAAAAUCUAGCUUUAAAAACCAUAUUAAAUCCACAAAUGGUAUAAAUACCCUCCUGCCAAAGUCCCCUCAGUCUCUCCUCAUUUGUCCUGCACCUGUGGGAGUGAGCAGCUCAGAUCCCCAAAUUAUCGGGGGAGGAACCCUAUAGCAUUCAUAUUUGUCUGCAGUGUUAUACUAUUGUGAUUUUUUUUUUUAAUUUCCUACAGAUUUGAGCCUUAUUCCUGUUUUCGUUUAUAUAAUUUUCAGUGUAACAGGUCAUAGGUAAUGCCUCUUGGAAGGCUGACACAUGUUUUAAGUAUUAGAGCAGGGGAGCCCAAAAGGUAGAUCCCCACAUAUUGUAGAACUAUAACUCCAAUGAAGCUUUACAUGCCUUUUUGAAGGGUAAAGCAUCAUGGAAGCUGUAGUGUUAAACUAUCUGGGGAUCUACCUUUUGGGCACCCAUGUAUUAGUGUUUUUGAUUUUAUAAUAGGCAGUGGAAAAACGAUUUGUAUUGUAAUAUACAGUCCACUAAGGUUACACAUAACGUUUUAAUACAUUGCGGUUUGAAAAAGCAACAAAGUUGAAAGUAUACAUGAGCAGUGCACUUUGAGUUGAAACUCAAAAAGUCACACAGCUUCUCUAUAUAAUGAAGAAAGUAAACUGCAAAGAUCAUGGAUGGGAAAAAAUGAAAUUGGCAGUGUUAAAGUUGGAAAAGCAUCAUUGGAGUUGUUGUUCUACAGCAGCUAGAAAUAUCUACCUUUUCACAUCCCAAGUGUAGACUCUCCAUAGAUGCAUUAUUUUGCAUCUAAGUGAGGACUAUGUAGGUUCUUAAAAUGAUCCAAACCCAGAAAUAAAUUCUGUAAACCAGGAAUUGUGUGGAAAUGUACAUUUAAAGAUAAACGAACUGUAAGCAUUCUCCAAAUCUUCUGGAAAUUUUAGCCCGAAAGAGCAAAGCUUGAAAAUUAGCAAGUAUCUAAAUUUAAUAACAUAACAACAUACUAAUUGGACCCGUUGUUUAUAAAUAAUUUUUCAUGCGUACAAUGUUCACAUACUGUAUUUUCAAAAUUGUUCAUAUAUCCGAGUGGACAGAGUGGUUGUCUAUUUGUCCUUUUUGUUUGUUUCUUCUUCUUUUCAUAAUUUUGAUUAUUUUUAAAUGUUUGAAGUUAAAAGAACAUAAAGUUACCUAUGGCCUAUAAGUGAACUGUAUGUUUGCAAACUGAAUUCUUGUUCUUCCUCCACUUUAACCUACAGGACACUUUGAAUGAACUUUAUACACAUGACAAAUACAAAGGUGAACUUUGUUUUCUCUGUACUCAACUGUUAUCCGUAGGAUACUCCAAUAAAAAGGUUUAACAGUGUGGCUGAGAUCCAGAUAUAUUAUAUUGUCUAGCACUUGUUUAUUUUUAAUGUGAGCUUCCUUUCUGUUCCAUUCUAUAACAUUGUUUUGGACUAAAUGCUGUUGUUGACACAUUCGAUUUGUAUAAAUUUCAAUGUAUUUUUGCAUUAAAGUAUGUUUCUAAAUGUAUCUGGCAUUAAUGCUUCCUCAUGUGACGCUAUAGUCCUCUGAUCUGAUGUUACAUAUUACAACUCUUAUCUUUUCAGACAUUCUACUAGAUCUGGGCUCGCCGGCCCAAGCACCCAAUACAGUCUCAGCCACAUCAUCGGACCUGUGGGGUGAUUUCAAUACUGCAGGCAGGUGAGAAGGCUGAUUGAAAGUAAGCAAAGUACCCGAUCUGGGUAAAUUAUUCUAAAAGUGAUUGAUUUCUCCUGUAGAAAUGGGCUUUAUUUGUCCAGGCUAUAAAAAGUUAGUCAGAGAUCUGACAGAAACUGUUGGCAUCCUACAGCUACAUAACAUUUUGCCCAGUCAAUGACUAAUAUCUGUUUCCCCCUUUAUACUAUGAUCUCCCCUACUCUCAAUUGUUUCUCCCGUCUGUGAUCUCUCUCUUUCAUGUAGCAUGUAUGUCCUUCUCCUUUCCCAGCAGUCUGUCCUCUCAAGGCCCGCAGUCCUCUAGCUGGGUUCAGUUUUAAACGCUGAUGCAAGACACUUCCCUUCUUUCUUCUGGAGAGCGGCACACUCCCUUCCCGCCAACAGACAGCAGCAGCUCCGUUCCGUGUCAUUGUGAUGUUUCCUCAUUAUUGGGCUGCGUUGGAAACGGCGGUGAUCAUGUGAUAUGCUGUCAGAGUGGCAUCUCCUCUCACUCUCUGCAACCCCUCCCCCCCAUUGUUUACAGCUGUCUUACCAGUGAACCCCGCAUGUAUCCCUGCCUUUCCAUACCAAGCCUUUCUGUGUUUUCUGCAUCCUGUUUUUACCCUCUAUAUCUACACAGGUAAUUCUUUUUCCCUACUAUGGCUGUAUCUUCCCUUAUUCCCAGCCUGUGACACUACAUUUCCCUGAUGUAGAUAGACAGGUGCAUGAAUCUCCUCUCCCACCCAUUGAUAUCAUUCCUUGCCCUGUGGCAUUGUUUUCCUGCCCGGGUGAUAUCCACAUUGUCCUUUGUAGAGAGGUGUAGACGGUGCUGCUGCGCACUCUGAGGUGUGUGUCCCCUCCCCUUCUUACCCCCCUCCCCCCGACGUCCUCAUUUUCUUUUUGUUUUAAGUGGUUAAAUGCUGCCACAAAUGGUCUUUUUGGGUGGAUGAGACUCAGACCCUCUGGCACUGCCAUGGUUAAUGCUCCUCGUGUUUCUGUGUUUUGUCCUGUAGCCAUGAAAUGUAUUUAUUAUAUAGUGAUUCAAACGAAGGAGUAAACUGUAUAUAAUAAACAAUCUGUACCAUUACCGAGAUUACUGAGAUUUUUGUAGCUUAAUUCAACGCUAUUCUAGUACUAACACUAGACCUACCUGCAUCACACAUUAUUCUUCCAGGACUAAAACUAGACCUACCUGCAUCACACAUUAUUCUUCCAGGGCUAAGACUAGACUUGCCUGCAUCACACGUUACUCUUUCAGGGCUAACACUAGAUCUGCCUGUAUCACACGUUACUCUUUCAUGAAUAACACUAGAACUGCCUGCAUCACACGUUACUCUUUCAUGAAUAACACUAGACCUGCCUGCAUCACACGUUAUUCUUUCAGGGCUAACACUAGACCUGCCUGCAUCACACAUUACUCCUCUAGGGCUCACAGUAGACAUGUCUGCAUCACACAUUAUUCCUCUAGGGCUAAUACUAGACCUGCCUGCAUCACACGUUAUUCCUCCAGUACUAACUCUAGACUGCCUGCCUUUCACCCCUUCUUCUACUACUGAUAGUAAAUCAGGCUGCAGGCGGUAUUUCAAUACUACACCUUCUUGCAUUAAUAACACUGCUUUCAGCCGUACAUUAUUCCAGUAUUCACCUGAUCUCAACAUCUCUUCCAAUCCUGUAUGAAAGUUUAUCCAGCUGGUAACAUCAUCACAUUUACAGUGUUUAUACCCCAGAUUAUUGGGUAACUUGUUUUGGUAUUGAUGCGUCACAUGACCAUGUUAUAUGCAAUUCUGGUAUUAAUGUUGCACCUGACUGUGGAGUGCUGUAGUAUUACUACACCUGAUUGGGGUGUGUUGUACUACACCUGAUUGUGGAGUGCUGUUCGUUUUAUGUCACAUCUGACAUGGGAGCACUUUAUGAUUAUAUUCCGUGAGUAUUCCGUUACAGUCAGGUGUAGGAUGAAAACUGUAACACACCC